UGGCCAUAAUUUUGCACUCUUGCUUUAAAAAGUUAGGCUGUUUUAUUUCCAGGGCAGACCUUUGUUGCAAUGCUGAAAAGCACUAUAAUUCUCCAACCUGUUGUUUUUCCUUAUUGCUCACUCGAGCGCGCUCUCGUACACACACAUCCUGCUCACACACGGAAGCUGCUGGGAACAUGGCUGGUGAUUUAAUUUUGCUUGCGGCUGUCUCUCUUCUUUCCGCCUUCCAGCAAUGUCAUUUUGCUUGGCUGGUGGGGAAAUCAAGAAUGAAGCACAAGGUCAUGCCCCCAGCUGUCACUGGAGCUCCAGAAUUUGACAGAACAUUUCGUGCGCAACAAAACUGUGUGGAGUUUUACCCAGUAUUCCUGACUGUCCUCUGGACUGCAGGAUGGUUUUGUAAUCAAGAAUUAGCUUCUUUUCUGGGUCUGUUGUACGUGUUUGCCCGCUACAAGUACUUCCAUGGUUACAUACAGACUGUGAAAGGAAGGUUAACUGGUUUUUAUUUGAAUUUGAUAAUUCUAUUUUGCUUGGUAACCCUGGGUGCAGCUGGUAUCGUUAACAGCUUUCUGGAUGAAUACCUGGACUUCAGCAUUACGAAGAAACUGCGUAAAUUGCUCUGAAGACUGGUUUUUUAAAAAAAAAAAAAAAAAUGACAUGAAUGCUUUCCCUGAACACCAAAAAGAUGAUAAGCUGCAUGUGAAUAAAGUGCUGUUUACUAACAGCCCGUUGCAAUGUAAAAUGCAUAUUUUUCCUGAACUGUUUACGCUUUCUCCAUUCCCUACACUCUUGAAAAAGAGUCAGUAAGACAGGAUGUCAUGUCACAUCUGCAUUGGCAAUUAAAUGUUCUGUUUUCCUGUACAGUAUUUUAAAUCCUAAACAAAUUGCACAAAACCAAAACCAUUAAUUCACUAAGUAAUUUAGUUGCAACUGGCACUGCAAGCAUUGGCCCAUCUUACCCAAUGUCCUUCAGCUUCACCAGCGCCUCUGUAGCCUUCCUUCACUCCUCUUCAUUUCCCCCAGCAGUGCCAUUCGUCCCGCACAAAUGUAAAAACAUGCUGCGGCGCAAUAUGCUGCUGCAAGGUCCCAAUUUUCCAAGUAUAUCCGAUCCCACUGCAGGAGGCUGUUUAAGCAUAUCUGCAAGCACUGCUUUCUUCAGGAAACCAUUUAAAGCUGCACUUGACCCUACGUUUCCGUGAAGGCCUUUUGAUUUUAUACGCACGUUUACAGUUCAACACAUGCUCAAACACUCUUCUUGUGGAAGUGGGGCCCUCCUGUAGGCAGAUCCCGGUCCUCAAAGGCCCUCCAAGACAGGCUGUACCCACAGGCCAGCACUUGGGGGAGGGAGAGCCAGCCCAGACAAAAAGGCGGCACAGAUGCUCGUCUAACAAUUGGGUCUACUGCAUUGUUUCCCACCGAGGCACAGAUGGCUGGGUGUGGGAAAGACUAGACAACCGUCCCAGCAUGGCCACAGGUCUGGGAAUCAUAAAGUGACAACGAAAAGCAAACGGACUAGGAAAACAGUUUUCUGCUAAAAGGAAAAGUAAUGGCUUACCGCUGUGAGCUCAAAGUCUGCUGGCGGUCAAUUUAAACUAUGUAGAAGAACAGAGAAGCAAGGCCAUGCCUCUUUUAGUAGCUCCUCAUAAUUCAAAUUAUUUAGGCAAUGCUGAAUAUACUCACGCUAGAGCCAGCAGGCAGAAAUUUUCCUUGUCAUGCCUCUGGAGACAUGAUUCUGCCAAAAAUACUGUGCAGUUAUAGUGGUGUUCAGUCAGGUCUGUGUAAUGAACAUGCUUAUGGUCUUUCUAAAAGUGUACUGAGGUUGAUAACCUGACCACAAAAUAAUUGAGUGUUGGAUCAGGUUCACAGUAAUAAUGUCAUAUGACUAAUAGGAAUAAAUAUUAAACAACAUAUACAUAUAAAAUAAUAAAAAUUCCAUAUGAAAAAGGUGGACACGUGCAGAAGUUAGCUUGUCAUUAAAAGACGCAACUUAGUGCCUGCAGGCGGCAAAGGCCAAAAUGGCAUUUGAAACAUGAUAACAAGUACAAAGGUGCAAGACUUGGGGCCGAUAACGGCUGCCGAGGGGAAAAGGACAGAUCAUGGUGGCAAAAGGCUGGAGCUGACACAGCUGCAGAAGGACAACUCCCCGGCACUUGCCUCCAGGGAGGAAGUACGACUGGGACAGAUUUACCAACCAGGGAAAUCACUGGGAAUUCUUCCACUAACUCCCCUUCUCUGGGCUGAAAGACAGAAAAUCCACCUACCCACCUGCCCAGGAUGCAGGAAGCGCUGCCGCCAGAAGAAAAACCAAGACAAAGGCCCAAACCGCACAACAGGCUUGAAAUACACACUAGAGGAAGCCCAAAGGUCACUAACUGUGUUCAAAUAGGUCUUUGCCUCUGAAAUUAUUCCAUCCCAAGCUUACCUGUUGUGGCGGUCUGGCGUGUUUAUAGAUAGCUUCCCAUACCCCAUCUACUCCACAGGAAAGAAUGAACUGCUGUCGCACAGGGACAACAUCACAUGCCAAAAAAACGCGGGUGUGAGGCUGCAAAGCGUCAUCCGGCAGCACGAAGCCAGAGUGCUAGGGGAUAAACACGAACCUAAUGUUUUAGGAGCCGCACCGGCUAACGAGAGGGCAGAAAUAGGCCUCGAGUCGAGGAUGCCACCCGUCUUCUGAGUCACUGCUUUUUCCCCAGGAAGCCAGGACAGAAUGUCUAUGAUCAAAAAGUGUUAAAGACUGACUCAUCUAUCAUUAAAAACAAAAUAUACCUAUAACAGAUGGAUGCUGUCAGUGCCAUAUUUAACUCCAGUGAGAGCCAUACCAUUUCCUGCCUGCUGAUCAAAUAGUCAGCAUCGGGCUGCACAUUCAGCAUACACACCAGAGCGUUGAUGCAAAUGUUCAUCUGUCGGUCACGAUCAGAAACGAUGCCGGUACCUGCUGCAGCUCCAAAGCUGGGGCCUCUCUUCUCAGCAAGCCCUCUGCCAGCACUUGCCGAGGAGGAACUUUGGCAGGCUGCUCCGAUCUGGGCCAAGCUCCUUUUUGUACCCUGCGAUCCACAUGUAGAAUGAUAAAGGACUGGCAUCAAGGAGAGAAGGGGAGUCUCACCUUCAAGGUCAUAUGUGGAGCCAAGCCACACUGACAUUCCGAAGAGUGAGCUGUGCAAACAGAGGUCCGGCGUCUGAUCCCCCACAACUCCCCAAGAAGGCUGGAAACACGGAGAAAUUGGUGUUGAGCCUCGAAGGCUACAUGGCAAGUUUAUCUGCAACAGCUCGUAUAAAUUCAACUAGUCUACAUGUGCUUUCCAAAAGGCUUCUGACAACACAAUUCUCACAAUGUAGUAGUAGUAGUAGGUGAUAGGAAACUACUCUAAGCAUGUAUCUUCACGCUUGCCCAGUUUC